AUGAAUCAAAUAAAUUUGCAAACAUGGCUCAAAGAAAGUCUGAUAGUGGCAAAUUAUCAAUAUCUUGAUCGAGUUUUGAGAGACGUCGAGGAAACAAUGAUGCUCUAUAAAACACUUCUCCCAAAAUUUGAAUCAUACACAUACGAGACAGGCAACUGUCAACUGCUAGUAUGUCUAUAUGGCACGAUACCAAUAACAUAUCGUUCGAGUCCCUAUUACAUUCAGGUAGCAUUCUGGAUUCCAACGGAAUAUCCACACAGUCCACCGAUUGUGUUUGUAGUUCCAAUGUCGAAUAUGUUAAUUAAGACGGGAAAACACGUUGAUCCGAAUGGCAGAUGUAAUCAUCCUUAUUUGACAUGUUGGCAAUCAAGGAGUGAG